AUGGCCGAUGCCCCAGUAUACAAUGCAUCUACCCCAUCAGGCGGUGAUCCACUCAAAGUCGACGUCAACGCCCAAUACGCCGGCGUGGAGUGGAACUAUGUCUACAUCGUCUUCUGCGGUUUCAUAGUGUGGCUAAUCAUUCCCGGCAUCGGUCUUUUGUACAGUGGUCUUGCGAGAAGGAAAUCCGCAUUAGCGUUGCUCUUCCAGUCCUUUAUGGUCGUGGCUGUAACAACAGUCCAGUGGAUGUUCUGGGGCUAUUCACUAGCCUAUGCGCGAGAUGCCAGUCCAUUCAUCGGAACGCUGAAGAACUUUGGGUUGAAAGACGUGAUGGCGGCGCCAUCUCCUGGAUCCGAUAAUUUGCCUGAGAUCGUGUUUUGUUUUUAUCAACUUUUGUUCUGCGCGUGCACGGUUAUGAUUGUGGUGGGCGGAGCCUUCGAACGAGGCAACAUGAUUCCCUCGCUGAUUUUUAGUUUCUGUUGGGCGACCGUUGUUUAUUGUCCGCUGGCCUGUUGGACAUGGAACAGCAACGGAUGGCUGUAUAACCUUCCCUCAUUGGAUUUCGCCGGCGGUGGCCCAGUCCAUAUCGCGUCUGGAUGGUCCGCUUUGGCUUAUGCUUUUGUGCUGGGGAAGCGAAAGAAUAUUGAUCAACCUUCCCACCCAAAGCCUCAUAACACGACCUUGGUUUUCCUGGGGACUGUAUUGAUCUGGUUUGGAUGGUUUGGCUUCAAUGGCGGCUCGGCUCUCAACGCCAGUGUACGUGCAAUGCUAGCAGCAUUCAACACCAAUACUGCAGCCUGCACAGGAGUGCUCGGAUGGGUACUAGUCGACUGCAUCAAGCAUCGCGGCAAGUUCUCCGUGGUCGGAGCCUGCGAAGGCGCAAUCGCCGGGCUAGUUGGGAUCACCCCAGCAGCAGGUUUCGUGUCGGUCUGGCUGGCUGCAGUAAUAGGGUUCAUAACCAGCGUCAUUUGUGCACUCCUACAAGACAUCAACGAGUGGCUCCACAUCGAUGAGGGUAUGGAUGUAUUUAAGCUGCACGGUAUUGGUGGAAUGGUGGGGGCCUUUCUAACAGGAAUUUUUGCGUCGGGGUCUAUUGCAGCGUUGGACGGCACAACAAAGGCUACGGGGGGCAUUGACGGCAACGGGAUCCAAGUUGGGAAACAAUUGGCGGAGGUGUGUGCGAUUUCGGUAUACUCUUUCACGGUAUCGUGUAUUUUGCUUUACAUUUUGAAGUUUAUCCCGGGCAUGCAGCUGCGCGUGCACGAGGAGGCGGAAAUGGUUGGUCUAGAUCGCUCGCAGUUUAUUGAUGAACGGAUUGGAGAGCGGGCGCUGCUUGGCGAUCUCUAUGGGUCAUCACCCGCUGAUGCGAGUGUCUCGGAUGUUCCUACGGUGGCUGGGGAAGUCAAGAGAUAG